CCGUGCAGCUGCAGCAUAGUAAUGUCUCACUCCCAGCCCCCUGACUGUAGCAGGCAGCAUGGUUGCUUGGUUCUCUGGACGGCGGAUCAUAAGCCGCCGUUUUAUUGGUGGAUUUCUGUUGGGGGCCGCUGCCAGCAGCGCUUCUUGCCUUGCUGCCCUUCAGCUUUAUAACCGGAGGGUCCCUGAGCCGGAUCCAGAAAGAAAAACUGUCCUUGAAGAAUAUGGAUUUCCACUUAGUGGUGCAGAGGUCAGACAAUAUAUGAAUCAUGCCUUAUCCUAUGAUCAAGCGAAGAAAACACCGAAGUGGGUCAUAGAGCAUCUUUCAAAAGACAAAAUACUAGGUAACGCGGACCGAAAACAUUGUAAAUUUAAACCAGAUCCAAAUAUCCCAAAAAUCUUCAGUGCAUCCAAUGAAGACUAUCUAAAGAGUGGUUGGUCGCGUGGUCACAUGGCACCAGCUGGAGACAAUAAAUUUUCCUCAGAAGCAAUGGCUGAAACAUUCUAUCUUUCGAACAUUGUUCCCCAAAAUUAUGAGAAUAAUGCUGGCUUUUGGAACAGGUUUGAAAUGUAUUGUCGGGACCUGACAAAUCGAUUUGAUGAUAUUUGGGUAGUCAGUGGACCUCUGGCAUUGCCCAUGCUGCAUACAGACGGGAAAAGGACAGUGUCUUAUCAAGUUAUCGGGAAAGAUGAUGUAGCCGUGCCUUCACAUCUCUUCAAAGUGGUGCUCGCCAGGAAGAAAAACUCAACGGAAUCCUUGGCUAUGGGGGCUUUUAUAGUACCGAACAAUCCCAUUGGCUUUGAUCACCAACUGCCAGAAUACCAAGUUCAGCUGGAAGAUCUUGAACGAAUGUCUGGGUUGUUGUUUUUUCCACAGGUGGAUAGGACCAAAGGCUCGAAGAACAUUUGUGAAGUGGACACCUGCAAACUUAUUACUCUUAAUGAGUUCAAGUUGUAUCUUGCCGGGCGUAGAAUGAAAAAUGCCCGAAAUCUGCAGAAGGUGGAAAAGAUCAUGUCUGAGCUAAAAGAAGCAGAAAUACAGCCAGAUAACUAUAUCUUAAAUCUCUACAAAGAAAAAAUUAAAGAACUGUCGUCAGAUCCAACUACUGCUUCUAGAGAAGAAUAAAGUAUGGGAAAGUCAUAAAUAGUUUUUUACUUUUAUACUAAAUAAAAAAACAAAACAGAAACACGUUCCUUCUGUAUUAGCAUUAUGUUAUAGUUUUUAAUUUUUGAACUUGUAUACCUAUACAUGUAUAAACAGAAUUAUAAUGAUCAUGUACAAUGUUUAUACAAAUGCCACUCGCUGCCGCUAUGUGGUUUACAGUA